AUGUUUGAGUGCGCGUAUUGUAGUCGUCAAUUUGAUAAAAAGUACAAUUUAGUUAGGCACAUAAGAUUACACAUGGAGGGAUGCACUAUUAAAUCUUCAAGACCAUUGAUGGAUGCAGAAAUUGAACUGGAUAUAAUUAAUAUGAAUUUUGUUUCGUUUCAGGAGUUUGAAGAAUGGAAAUCCAUUGAAGAGGUAAGUUCUUCGUCACGGUUUGUUAAACAAAGGGGACAAGAUUUAACAAAGAUAAAACUGUAG